GUUUCCUUUCUGAUGUCAGUGGCUUCAUCGUAUUUUGAAGCUAGCUCACCGUGAUUAGCCACGUCAUGUAAACUUAACAGUGGAGCAGUUGUGAUAUAAAGACAGGAAGCAGUCGCUGAUUUGGGAAGGACUUUAGGGAAUUGUUAAAGAGGAAAUUUUAUUUCAGGUCUCAAAGUUGGCAGUAAUCCUAUGGAAAGAUGUCAGAUAUCGGGGACUGGUUCAGAAGCAUCCCUUUCAUCACCCGGUACUGGUUUGCUGCCUCCAUUGCUGUUCCCCUUAUAGGCAAACUGGGAUUGGUUGAUAUCAGGAAUCUCUUGCUAUUUCCGGAGAUGGUCUUCAGCAGAUUUCAUAUCUGGAGACCAGUGACAGCCACUCUUUAUUUCCCAAUAACUCCUAAUACCGGCUUCCUGUACCUGGUCAACCUUUAUUUCCUCUACCAUUACUCCACUCGGCUAGAGACAGGGUCAUUUGAUGGCAGGCCUGCAGACUAUAUCUUCAUGCUUCUCUUCAACUGGAUCUGCAUAGUUAUAACCGGGCUGCUGAUAAACAUGCAGCUGCUGAUGAUCCCGCUGAUUAUGUCUGUGUUGUACAUCUGGGCUCAGUUCAACAAAGACACCGUGGUUUCCUUCUGGUUUGGAACGCAGUUUAAGGCUCAUUAUCUACCUUGGGUCAUUCUGGCGUUCAACUUUAUCAUCGGAGGAUCAUUUGUGAAUGAACUGACAGGAAACCUGGUGGGCCAUCUCUACUUCUUCCUCAUGUUCAAAUACCCCAUGGACCUGGGAGGACGCGCCUUCCUCUCCACGCCAGAGUUCUUGUACCGGUUCUUUCCUAACAGGAGGGGAGGGGUGUCCGGAUUUGGAGUCCCUCCGACCAGGAGGCAAGCUCCCCAGGACAAUGCAGGGGGACUCGGAGGACGUCACAACUGGGGGCAAGGUUUCCGACUUGGGGACGAAUGAGAGAGAACUGCACUCUCUCAGCUGCCAGAAGAGCUGGGCAGCUGUUCUCAGAUUUAAACGCUUUCUUCAUUGAAUUUGUUCUUGUUGAAUCUUGAGACUUUAAAUUUAAUUCAUGGUUAACUUUAGAAGAUACAACAGGAUCAAAUUUGAGAAGGCACGCAUUUCACUGCCCUGCACAGCAGGAUCCGGACUCUGGCUGUAGGCUCUGUUCAUUAAGUAGUCAGCUCUACUUUUACUACUGGAAAUGUGUCCAUGUUAGGAAGAUAGAAAAUUAAAUUCUUCUUUUUUUUGUUUUGGUGAUUAUUCUUGACUGCCGCGUCUAUUUUCUUCUUUCGUUCUCAUCUUCUUCUUACCAUCCCUCUUCCGCCUUUCUAACCCACCCUGCCAUUGGACUGUCAAGAUGAGAGAUGUUGCAGCUGCACACCAGCACGCUGUGGAUUUCAACUCUUGUGUUCCUCCCCCUCCUCCUCUCACUCUCUGUGAUGCCAUAUCAGAUUACAUUGUAAUUACCAAUGCACUGGGAGCGUGCUCCCAGCAGUCCCCUCAGCAGAACAUGGGCAAAGCUAUUUAGAGAGCACUGUCUCCAGGUCUGAUUCUACAUUGGUGUGAAAUGUUUGUGAGCCUCUGUGGCACAGACCUGGAUCUUUUACUGAUUUCAUCUGAAGAAAAAAAAAAAAUGAGGUAAAGAUAGGAUCCUGCUCUUUUUUUGUAAAUAUAACAAUUGUUUAUUGAAAGGUUGAGUGAGUCAGUGUGUCAUUGUCUUACUUAUACAGGAGACAACCAUUCAGCCAAUCAGGUGCCAACAAGACAUUGGAAAUCACCUUAAUAUAAUAAAACACACAUUUAGCACUCAUUGUCAAUAUUUAUCCAUCUGGAUAUUAACUUGGAAAUCAUUUGUUCCCUAAAUAUCAGGAAAUAGUCGGGGGAAGCAAAGUAACGUUUACAACAGCCACAAGUAGUAAAGUCAAAACUCUUUGUGCAAAAGUCUUGAAUUCCUGAUUUCUUUAUAUUUUGCUAGGAAAGUGGGUGCAGUGAUUUAUUACAAUGUGCAAACAUACAUGGACAUGCUGUAUUUAAGGCCAAAAAAAAAGAGAGUAGUUGUACAGAAUAGACUUCAGGGAUGGUUCUCCAGACUUCUUGAAAGGAUGUUGAGGUGCGGGCUCUGGCUCUGAUGGUGUUCCAUUGUGUGGUUUUUUUAUCCAGGUAUGAUUUUACUGCAUUUGUAAGUGUUUUUGUGAUCAUUAUGCUGAAAAUGGAGUGAUUGCCAAUCAGAUGCUUUCCGUAUUCUGUUACAUGAGGAUCAACGUACGUUUCUGUGUCCAUCAAUUCUGACAAUAUCUCCAAAACCACUGGCUGAUGUGCAGCUGCACCCCGUGACAGAGCCUCCACCGUCCUUUACAGAUGGCUGUACACACUCACUGUUUUACCUCUCUCCAUCAUGGCAAUGAACAGUUUGAACCAGCAAUUCAUUUCAAAUUUGGAUUCAUCUCUCCAUAGGAACUGUUGCCAGAUUUUCAGUUCAUUUUUUGCGUAAUUCUGCAUGUCUCUACCUCGUUCGUUUCCCUUCCCUAUAAAUGGCUUUUUGACAGCCAUCCUUUCACGGAGAACAUUUCUGAUGAGGUUUUAGUGAACAGUAGAUGGAUCAACUGAAGCAUGGUGCAUACAUGGUGCUAGGACCAGCACCAAAACCUCAUCCCAACUCUGUAGCAUGGUGGAGAGAGUACAUUUUGUGGCUGCUGGCCUGGAACAUUUGCGAUCGCCAAGUGAAACAAUUCAAAAUUUUGCCAGGAAAUGUUACAGAAGACUAUCAGAGCAGCAGUCAAUCAACUGAAGGUACAACAGAAUGGUUAAAGAGGGGGAAAAAACCUGAUCUUGAUUUAAAUUCUGUGGUAUGACUUGAUGAGGGUUCUUCAGUCAAAACACUCCAGAAAUAUUGAAGUGAAACAGGUGUGGGUGGGGUUCUUCUAAAUUCCUUCGCAUCCUUUUCCCCAGCCCACACAGUGAUAGCCCAGUUCAUUUCAAUGCAAACCCCCUACAGUCAGGCUGUGUUUGCAAUUGUGACUUAGAUGAAGAUUAGACCACAUUUUAUGAGCACUGAAUGCAGAAAUUCUGUUAAUGCCAAACCUUCACAAAAGGCUUUAAAUUUGGUGUGUGUCACUUACACCGGAAGACCAAGGGAAGGCUUUACAGUUGGUUGUGUUUUUAUUGAGUUACAGCAGACUGUAAGUAGAAAAUGAAAAUACAAGCUGUAUUUCAUACUAGCAAAAAAGAAAAAAACAAAAUUACAGUAUCCCAGAUACAUAACUGAAAGUGAAACUAAAGCCGUAGCAGCAGCAACAGACAUUCAGCCAGCGCACAGCCAUACACCUGCUGUUAAACCGAGGGUUAACUGAACUUUCUUUGACUGCACAAAUAUUUAAUAUUUAUCAUUAAAUAUUUAUUUCUUUUAAUCAUUCUUGAAAAUGAGUACGAAAAAAAAAAGUUGAAGUACAUGCAAGUAUUUCAUGACAGCUUUGGGUGCUGUGACAUUCCAAAUGUCUGUCUGUACAGAAAUCAGCUGAACCCGAUCUGGCUUUGAUCAGAAGAACCUACGUAAUCACCAGCGGUGUGCUCACAGAUCGCAGCUGAGCAAAGUGGAUACCUGACACGGCUCAAGUAAAGGAGCUUUGAUUAUUGUGUGCCAUGCAUUAAAAGGUUUUUCAAAAAUAUGCUUUUGGCGUUUUCAGGCAAGUUUUUAAAAACACUGGACCGCUAAGCUGAAAUCCUCAGCCCGGCUGUGCUCUGCCCACUUCUGAGGCCGACGGGAAACGUCUGAUAAGAGCUGAAAAGGCAGCACGGUGCGAUCGAACAGACACUCCGCCCUCCGCUCGGUGGAGUUAAUCAGGAACGUGAACAUUCUGUACUGUUUCAGUGUCUUGGACAUGCCUCGGGUUCUGACGCAGGAGCGAGCCGAUGAGGAAAGAUAACAGAGUUUAGGAUGUACGGAGCGUUCAUGCAUCCACCCUAAUGCGGUUAGUCUUGGUCUGUGGCUGUUUGUGUUCAUUCUCUGGUCUCCCAGCGGUGAAGCUGUAGCUGUGUUCAGUUUGCCCAAAAGAAAAAACAAAAAGAUACCAUCACUCCUACUACUUCCUUUGCUCUGACACUUCUGAGUGAUUUCCAUCUUCUCUACUGUAAUUCUACAGAGGGCGAGUUAAGGUGCAGAAGACAAGCAAAAAGUUACAAAAAAGUUCCUAACAGUUUUCAUUCAGGCGGUCAUGACAAUAUCUAUCACUACCACAGGGAAAUAUGCAAGUGCCAUCAAAGUCUACUCAUAAUGAGUAGUGAUUUUCAAAAAAUACGUCUGAUCUUCAGCAAAUGACAGACUAUAUCAUACAGUUUGAUCUCAAAGAACAAAACCAAACCGAACAUUCCAGGUUUUUGGGACAACAGUUAGCCUUUUUCUUUAA